AUGGGGGGCUUACUGCCAAAGCCCAUUACAAAGAAGGAGACCGAGGAUGGAAAGAGCGUGACGGGCCGAUAUGCCUUCGGUGUCAGCUCAAUGCAAGGAUGGCGCCAAGCCAUGGAGGAUGCCCACAUGGCCGUUCCGGACUUUGACCCCGAGCGCGAGCUUGGGCUUUUUGGAGUCUUUGAUGGCCACGGGGGCCCAGCGGUGGCCAAAGUCGCUGCCGAGCGCUUCCCGGAGACCUUGAGGGCGCUCCCCGCCUUCAAGCAGGGGCGCUACUCGGAGGCUUUGUAUGAGGCAUUCCUGACCUUGGAUGCGUUCCUCGAUAGCUCUGCUGGCAGGGAGAAGGUGAAGGAAGCCACCCCGCCUCCCGUCGAUGCGGACAUGGAGGAGGAGGAGCUGCUGCGCCUUCUCGAGUCUGGCGAGGUCGACCUGGAUGACCUCGACCUCGAGGAUGAAGAGGCGGAAGAGGAGGUUCCGGAGGAGGACGAGGAGGCCGAGGAAAGCUCUGGCUCCAGUUCAGACUGGGCGAACGGUGAGGGCCCGGACGGCAUGGGAUGCACAGCCGUGGUGGCCUUGGUCUGUGGGGGCAGCAAGGCCGAGGUGAGAUCGCGCACCUAUGGGUCGAAGAUAAUGGCACCCAAGAAGAAGGUUCGCCGGCAGAAGCCUCCGCUGACGCACUGCAAGAUGGCCCCGAUGAAGAGGAGGAAGCAGGGCCUGGCAAGGCUACAGACGCUCCUUGGCUUCAGCGGCUUCUGCAAAGAGUUCCGGACCGGGCCUUCCUCCGAGCCGGCCGGCUGGGUCAGCUGCCUAGAAGACUUAGAGUUCUCCAAGGACGCGAUCAUCAGACUGCAGAAUCAGGACCUGUACAACGAUGUUGUGCAGAGACCUUUGGUUCUCUCUGUUCGGGACGCCGCCGCCGAGAAUGCAGUGAUAGGCUCUGCGGAGUUCAGCCUCGUUCCCUUGUUGCACGACACCAUGGAGGUGACGGCUGAAGUGCAGCUGGAGCUUGCUCCAGAGUACUACGCCAAGUGGUGGAAGGAGGCGAAGCACCUAGCCCCCCACUUGCUUACAAGCAAUCAAGCGCAUGACCAUCAACAUGACGCCGGCCAUGCCACAUGA